AUGGCACAAGGCUGGCGACGACUCGAUGUCGGUGUGAUUGGAGGUGGGAUAGGCGGCAUGUCCGUAGCGAUAGCUCUCCGCCGGGCUGGGCACAAUGUCACCAUCUACGAGAAGCACGACUUCGCCGGUGAAGUGGGUGCAUCGGUCUCUUGUGCAGCAAACGGUACAAGGUGGCUACAUGAAUGGGGCGUUGAUGUUGCGAAAGGGGACCCUGUGGUCCUGAAGAAGCUGAUCAACCGCGACUGGAAGACUGGCGAGCCGGUGUCUACAUUCGGCCUUGAAGACUACGAGGAGAAGUGGGGAUAUGCGUACAACAUGUUCCAUCGUCAGUACAUGCACAAGAUGCUGAGAGAUUGCGCGAUGCAAGAGGAGGGCGAGGGAACCCCCGCAAGAUUACUCGUCAACCACGCUUGUGAAAGUAUGGACCUCAAAGCUGGCACGAUUACGUUCAAGAACGGCGUACAUGCAAAGCACGACCUGCUUAUUGGAGCAGACGGCAUUGGCUCAGCUGUGCGCAACAUUCUCGGGAUACACCCCGCAAAGCGUCCUGCAGAUUCCAGCUGUCUGCACGCUAACGUCGACACCGACCAAGCAGUCAGGCUCGGUCUCGUAGACUACUCACAAAACGCCGCUCUGGAGUACUGGGGUGGCCAAGAAGGCAAAUGGGACAAGAUCGUCCUCUCACCCUGCAACGGUGGCAAGCUACUCUCAUACUAUUGCUUCUUCCCUCGUGAGAAGGGCGACUACACAACGCAAGCGUGGGGAGCUGAAGACCGACCAGUCGAUGAAUUGCUCGCCCCUUACCCAGAACUGGAUGCACAGGUAAAGGCGCACCUAGCGAUUGGCAUCGAAGUUCAGCCUUGGAGACUGUGGGUCCACGAGCCCUACCCAUACAUUCAAAAAGGCAAUGUCUGUCUGCUUGGAGAUGCAGGCCACCCAAUGAUGCCACACCAAAGCCAAGGCGCAUGCAUGGCCAUCGAAGACGCCGCCGCUCUCGGUAUCAUAUUCAACAAAUCCUACUUCCAGGGCGACGUACGCGAAGCCCUCGAAGUAUACGAGAAGGUCAGGCUACCGCGUGCUACCCGCGUGCAAGCUGCUGCUGCGAAGGCAGCGUACAACAUCAACGAACGUAUCGGCUUCUCGGCGAACAAGGACAACUGCUCGACUUACAAGGUCGCGAAUGAGAAGGAGAAGCUCACCAUCGAAGAGAUGAAUGCAUACGAUAUGUACAAAGAUGUUGAGGAGAAGUUGACGCAGGUUAGAGGGGAGAAGUUCCUUGCGCCGUUCAUCUCUGGGUUGCCGAUUGGGUUGGAGAUGCCCAAUGGUGUGAUUGUUGGAGCUUGA